CGCAGCGUGAUGACGUGGCGCGUUAACACUUCCACCGCUCAGCGAGCAGAUGAUGGAGCCGAGGAGGUGAUGAACGGGUUAGAGCGCUUUUAUGCCCGGACUGGACGGACUCGACUGGAAGGGAAACCGCUCGAUGGGCCACCAGGACCCCUGCUUUGUAUUCGGAACCGGUGUAGACUGUAAGGUCAAUGGAAAGUAAGAUAAGAUAUCUGCAUAUUUUGCACUGACUAAUCUGACUUCUAUUUUUUACUAUCCGCUUCUGUGGUGUUAUGCGACAGAGGCGAUGGAAGCCAAGUAUGUACCAUAAAGUCAAACAAACGAUGGACAUGAAGCGGGCUCGACAGAAAAUGGUAUUUCCAAAAUUGCGGAAAUAAGUAGUACUGGUUCAGCAGGAGAACUGUGCAGAUGUUCUGGAAGACUAUGAGGAUUUAAUGGCAGAGGAAGGACCCAGAAGGACCAACAUUGGGAUACAGAACAGAUCCAUCUGAAGGGGAUUACUGUACUGAUUGUGGACUGCAUUUUAACCUGUAUGUCUCACAGGUUAUAAACAAGUCUCCUCUUGGAGUCAACGUGGAGAGAGGUCCAUAUUGUGUAAUCAGCCAGCCGGCCACGAAUGGAUCACAGCUAUCGCAUUCUGCACUAAAAUCGACAUCAUUUGCUUAUUUUACCCGACUACAGUUUCAUCGAGCGUCAUUUAUUUUCUGCCAAAAACAAACCUUGUUGUACUACAAUCUAAAUCCCUUUAAAAUCAUUAUUUGGUUUCAAUUGCAACGAUUUCCCACUCGUCCACCCCGCCUCCAGUCAGCUCCGUAAUCCCCUUCGUUGAACCCGGGGCUGAGCCGUGUUGCAGGGCAGCUCUGAGCCGGGUUACCGCUGGCUCCCGUCAGGGCUGUUUCCAUCAUGCAUGCACCAACACGACUGUGCAUGAGCUCUGUCCUCUGAAAGAACACCCUGCCACACACUGCACCAGAGACAGCACACCGACUGGACCAUGUCGGUCUGAACCGCAUAGUACCUCCUUCACACCAGCCCCCCGCUUUCCAGACUUCAGCUUAUUGGGUUCAACAGAUACUACUGUUAAUAUAAAGAACCCUCCAGCUUUCCCCAGGUCGCCCUCCAGAGAAACCACUGAAAGGAGCCCAAGUGGCCCAAUUCUACAAAAAAUGGGGGAGCAGCCCAUCUUCAGCACGCGGGCCCACGUGUUCCAGAUCGACCCCAGCACCAAGAAGAACUGGCUGCCCACCAGCAAGCACGCCGUCACCGUGUCCUACUUCUACGACAGCACCCGCAAUGUCUACCGGAUCAUCAGCCUGGAGGGGUCAAAGGCCAUCAUCAACAGCACCAUCACGCCAAACAUGACCUUCACUAAGACAUCCCAGAAGUUUGGCCAGUGGGCUGACAGCCGGGCCAACACCGUCUACGGUCUGGGCUUUCCCUCGGAGAAUCAUCUGCUCAAGUUUGCAGAGAAGUUUGCAGAGUUCAAGGAGGCGGCGCGCCUGGCCAAGGAGCAGUCACAUGACAAGAUGGAGCUGACCAGCACCCCCUCACAGCUUCCUCAGGCAGCGGCUGUGAGAAGGACUGUAGUGUCAGUCCACCAAGCCGGUAAAAAGAAGGAGUCGGCGACGGGGGAGCUCCUGUCCCCCGUGACCCCCGAGAGCAUCAACGGUACGGACGACGAGGACGGGGGGGCGACGCCGGGGACCCCCCAACACACAGAGCCCAGGCCUGAUCCCCCGACCCCCACACUGCCCUUCUCCCACAGUUCAACCAGCAUCAACAAGCACUGGGAGGCGGAGCUAGCGGCCCUGAAGGGAAACAACGCUAAGCUAACGGCGGCGCUGCUGGAGUCCACGGCUAACGUGAAGCAGUGGAAGCAGCAGCUAGCGGCCUACCAGGAGGAGGCCGAGAGGCUACACAAGAGGGUGACGGAGCUGGAGUGUGUGAGCGGUCAGACAGCGGUCAUCAAGGCCCAGAAGACGGACCUCAACCAGACCAUCGAGGAGCUGCAGGCCACGCUGGGGGCCAAGGAAGAGGAGCUAGAGAGACUUAAAGCAGAGAUGGAGGUCGCCAACGAAUUCCAGCAGCAGAAAGAAUCCCUGACGCAGAAACUACAGGCCACGGAGGAGCGGAACCAGAACCUGGAGGCGCGGCUGAGUGCCCUGGAGCAGACGGUGGAGAACACCCAGCAGGAGCGGGAGACCUUCCGCUCCCAUCUGCGCUCCCUGCUGCAGCUCCUGGACGGGAAGAUCUUCGAGCUGACCGAGCUGCGGGACACGCUUGCCAAGCUCAUCGAGAGCAGCUAGGACACAGACGGUGUAUUUAUGAAGAGAUAGAGUAUAUGAUCCACGCAGAGACACCUCUUCCUCCCAGCAACACACGAGAGAAGGCAGAGGGCAGUGCUCGCAUGUCGGUAAUUUUUUUAUCACUGAUGCUCGUCACCUAUUAGUGGGUAUGUUUGCACUCUACUUUUCUAUCUCGGUUUCUGGGUUCAUCUUGGGUCUGUCGGUACACGUUUACAUGAGGCGGCCACGCCCAUCUCCUGCUCUUCUCCAUAUAACCUCUGGAAUUUUCUUUAUUCGCUUGAGUGACCAAAGGGGAAAAUAACACAGGGGAUAAGCUCUGAAUGAUCCGUGCACACCGGCGUUCAGAGGGAUGGUGGACAUUUCCAUAGUUUCGUUUUUGUACCACUUUAAUAUCCUUCUUCACCAAGACACUCUUGUUCUUCUGCUUUGCUAUUGGUGCGUUCUUGGUGUGUUCUUCACCUGUGGUUGGUGACGGUCGCCUCCCCUCUUUCAAUCACCCGUGUGUUUUUUAAAUCGCAUUUUUGUGAUAUUUUUAAACGGAUGUUGAGACCGAAGACCGAUGUCGAUUUCAGCCAAAAAAAAUCACUUUAAUGAAAUGAGUAAACGCUCCAUUCGAUGUAUCUAUUAUUUUCAUGUAUUCAAGCAUUUACUCACUCGGACUACGACUGGUUAUUAUAGAAUUGUUGAACUUUUUAAACUUUGACUUUGAGAUUGGAAAUUGAGUUGAGUGGCGUGAGGCAGGGAUGCAUUGGGAAUGCACGACUGUUCCCACAGUGAUCCCGAAGAGGAGGACUGAGACCGCGGCACAGAGGGGCUGACCUCCUAGAACAAGAGCAAUACAAACUAAAGGGAAGUCAAACAGUCAAAAGACUUUUCAGUCUCGCUUUUUUCAGGUAAUAUAUUCCUCUUUCAGUUAGUAUGAAGACAAGCGUGUACACCUGUGUUUCCUUCUAUACGCUUUUUAAUACUAAUGGAAAAUCCUAGUGCACUUGUGAAAAUGAAAUUGUGUGCGAGGAGUUUUUUUUAAUAAUCUUUUCCCUUUGUAUCUUGUUGCUACUUUGAGUGCAAUCAUUUGACCCUAUGCUUUUGUUCAGUUAUUAUUAUGAUGAAAAUUGUUUGAAACAGAUGUUAAAUUUUCGCUUGAUAUUUUUUAUUGUAUGGUAUGUGGGUGUCCAGGUAGUUUUUGGGAAGAAACUGGCAAUAUUUUUGAACUAUUGAUCAAAAGACAUCAAAUAAAGAUACCUUCAUGCAGUGGGUGGGGUUGAAUUUGCAGAAACUUUUUUCUCUUGCCAAACAUAAUGUCCUGUUGAGAGUUUUCCUGACGUUGCCUUUGGUACAAAGAUCAUCACUGGUAGCUAACUGUGGUACGAUGUUGUUGGUUUACUAUUGCCAAAAAUUCUGUGAUUUAAUGUAAAGAUUAUACCAUGUAUACACAAUGAACACUAUUUAAGGGCUUGCUGUCAGUUCGGGUACAUUUGAAAAAUAUAUUGACAAAAAAAGUGUAAUGUAUACUGCAGGCUUAAACACAACUGUAAUUUUCAGUUUAUAGUAAAGCAAAUUAGAAAAACAUGCAGAUGCGUCAUUCUUUAAGGUGUGAUUCUUGUUCAAGUUGGCAAGGGGGUUGUUUAAUUGAGCUGGAAUCAAUUGGCAUGCAUUGAAAAGUAAAUGAAAUAGUACUUAAAUAGUAAUCGUAACUCUUACAUCUGGAGGUACAAUUAAUGUUAUGAGGUCCACCUGUGUGACCCUACUAUUUCACCUGUGUAAAAAACCUAAUUGGUCUAAAACAAGGACAAGCUGCACAUUAUUGAUAUUUAUGAAGCAAAAGCAAACUUGUGGUCAUUUAAUGGAUAUGACUAUAGAUUCUUGAUUAAUCAACUAAUAUCUGCCAAUUGGUUAAUCAAAUUGUUUCUAUAAAUGCAUUCCCAUACCACCAGAGGAAAUAAAAAACACUAAGCAAAGUGGAAAAAGGCCCUUGUGUUUAUU